AGACUGCAGUGAGAGUCUUCUUCUACAGUCAGAAUGAGUAACCGUGUCUUCCUUGUGCUUUCUGUUUUGGUUAUUGCCUGCCACAUCACUGGUGCAACUAUCUUUGACCCACUGAACUUAAGCUGCAGAUGUUCCAGAGUAACAAGGACCUUCAUUCGUCCCUCAAAAUAUGCUAGUGUUGAGCUCUUUCCAUCUGGGGUGGCCUGCAGAAAAAUGGAAAUCAUAAUCACACUAAAGAACAACCACAAAGUAUGUGUUGAUCCCAAAGCCAAAUGGUUGAGCGAUUUAAUGAAGAUGAUGGGAAGCGAGAAUACAGUACAAUUUUCUUCUUGAAAUGAAGUUUGAAAGGGCUUUCAAGAGGCAAGGAACACAUGCCCCAUAAAUUCCAAAUGUGAAGUUUCAUGAUUUCUGCUUUGUGGUGCUGAUUGUGUUUAAUUCUUCCUAAACUGAAAGCCAGUUAAGAGUGUUUGGACUUCUGGAAAUUCACAACUGAUGUGAACAUGCAAGCUGAAUCUGAACCUGGGUUGCAUAUGACAAUGAUAAAGUUUGUAUUUCUGUGUGAGUAAAUAAAUAAAA